AUGGCCACAAACGGAGGACCUUCGCAGCCCCCUGAUCCCGGUCCAAAUAUUGCGCCGUCAUGGAACCUUGAUGCCUAUCCUUUGUUGAAUAUUCCAUUUCAAGACUUCAGCAGCUCGCAAAUCACAGAUAAUGGGCCGGGUCAGCCCGUAAUGCCGUGGCAACAGCUCCCCGUAGAUGAACCAGGACCCGAAUCUACUUCUUUCACGGCGCUGCUCAACAGCCCCUUUGAUUCAUUGACAACGAGCCCAGCCCCUACAGCGGAUACACCAAUGGCUGAGAUGCCGGUCGCUCAAACUGCUGUACAGAAUGGCGGCCACAUCCCGGCUUCACAAUACGGAAUUGCCACUGGAUAUCAUUCCCAAGCUGCUCAUGGCGUCUUGAUACGGCCGAAACCCGCACCCAUUAUCCCUCAGGCCGAUUCAGAUGAUCGAGAUGACGAGCCCAUUCCCAUUCCCAAGCGCAAGCGAGUGCAGCGUGAAGGACCACCUCGGCUUCCGCCUUUCUUGAGAGAAAUGCAGGCUGAUGCGAGGAAAAGACAAGCCGAGCUUUUGGCUGCACAGGCUCGGGCUGCUAACCCUCAGUCUACUGUUGACUUGACAAAUGUUAACGACGAUGCUUCUCCGCCCGCGCCAGUUGAUCCCAAAGAAGAAGAAAUUUGUUAUGGCAUGAUCAAAACCCGCGCAAACUGCACCCGAGUUCCAUCUCCAAAGCCUGGCGUACAGAGCAUGUGGGGCGCUAAUUAUCAACCCAGCAUCAAGGUUGUCCUCAAGAAGAUCGUCAACGACCGGAGUUCGAAAAUUCCUAUUAUUGAUCACACAAGAGAAGUAAUAGGCUUCGUCGAUGCUUCUUCUGCCAAUGCCCUAGGGCCUCUAUUGGAUUUGAACCUUCGUGUCAGGACCGACGCCCGUAUUCCUCCACAACCUAUUGCCCCUGGGCAAGAACCUGGCCAGCCCGUGUCACGUUCUUAUAUUCUCGACAUCGUCUUGUAUGGGCCUUUCAAAUACGCCAGGAAUGUUGGCGCUUUUAUGACACGGUUCAAUAUUACUCUUCAGCAGCCCUAUAUCGUCCAGAGUGGCAUCAAGUUGAUAAACCCGCACCACCCAGAGCACUUGCAGUCCCUGAAGAGACCACCCAAGGCAAACACUAAUCGUGAUCUUGGUCGUUCUGGCACUGUCACUAAUUUCACCCCAAGAACUGUCGAAGAAGUUCGCUCCGAGGUCAUGGGAGUGUUCGAUUCUCUUACUAGGAGUGACGAGUUACCCACCAUGGACCCCCCGGCAUCCAUCUUAACCCCCUUGCUCACUCACCAAAGACAGGGUCUUUACUUCAUGAUGGCCAGAGAAAGGCCACGUGAACUACAGCUACAGGAGAAGGCCAUGGUAUCCUUUUGGCGGACAAAAUCCAACAUGAAUGGGCAUAAGGUGUUUCAUAAUGUCAUCACUGGCGAAAACCAGGUUGCCGCCCCCUCGGAUACUCGUGGUGGUAUACUUGCUGAUAUGAUGGGCCUUGGUAAAACGCUUAGCAUCCUGUCGCUCAUUUCAAGCACAGUCGAGGAAGCCCGGCAAUUUCAGCAUCUAUCACCAGAGCAGCCGUCCGCCCCGGAAACUAAGCCGACAAAGGGCGAUAUGGAUGCCUCACAGGCGCCGUUGGGCCUUACGCCGGUGGUCCGAAAUACCAAGGCCACCUUAAUUAUAUGCCCCCUCAGCACCAUUACUAACUGGGAUGAGCAAAUCAAGCAGCACAUAGCUCCCGGUGAGCUUUCUUAUCAUAUUUACCAUGGACCCAAUCGUAUCAAGGAUAUAGCGCGGCUCGCCUCAUACGACAUCGUUCUCACAACCUAUGGAUCUGUCUCAAACGAGCUCAGCGCUCGUCGCAAAGCAAAGAGUGGCACUUAUCCGCUUGAGGAGCUUGGAUGGUUUCGCAUUGUUCUAGACGAGGCACACAUGAUUCGCGAGCAGUCUACCAUGCAAUUCAAGGCCAUCGUUCGACUUCAAGCCCAGCGGCGAUGGGCCGUAACCGGAACUCCCGUUCAAAACCGACUGGAUGAUUUUGCGGCUCUCUUGUCGUUUCUUCGCUUGGAGCCUUUUCAUCACAGAGCGAAAUUUGUACGCCACAUUGUGGAGCCAUUCAAAGCCUGCAAUCCUGAAAUUGUUCCCAAGCUCCGUAUUCUCGUCGAUACCAUCACUCUUCGCCGACUAAAAGACAAGAUCGAUUUGCCCUCUCGAGAGGACCUCAUUGUCAAACUUAAUUUCAGCCCAGAAGAGCGAAGCGUAUACGAUCUCUUCUCACGGAAUGCGCAGGACAGGGUCAAAGUCUUGGCCGGAAAUCUCACUUCUGGGGCUCUUGGCGGGAAUACCUAUAUUCAUAUUCUAAAAGCGAUUCUUCGCCUCCGCCUGCUUUGUGCACACGGCAAGGAUCUGCUUAAUGAAGACGACCUGGCAACCCUGCGAGGUAUGUCAGCGGAGAUGGCAAUCGACAUUGACGAAGACGACGAUAAGGUGGAUGGUCUUUUACUUUCCCACCAGAAAGCACAUGAAAUGUUUACGUUGAUGCAAGACACCAACAACGACACGUGCAUCCAGUGCAACAAAAAGAUCUCCUCUCAAGAGACACAGACGAUAGACGCUGAGAAUGAAAACGAUACCCUGGGAUACAUGACGUCUUGCUUUCAUGUUGUUUGUCGAUCAUGCAUAAAAGCCUUUAAGCAGCGAUCUAGGGCUGCUUAUGCACCUGGCCAAACGUUCGCCCCUUGCAUCGUUUGUAACGCUCAAGUCCCGUUUGGGUUCGUUGAUAUUUGCAGAUCAGACGUGGAGGGUGAACAUGAAGGUACUUUAAAACCUAAGAAUAAUAAAGCCAAGCAAAACGGAAAAGCACUCGAUAGAUAUGACGGACCCCAUACCAAAACAAAAGCUCUCCUCGAAGAUCUUCUUAAAUCCAGAGCUGCAAGCGAAGCUAACCCCCACGAACCACCCUUCAAGUCUGUUGUCUUUUCCGGUUGGACCUCACACUUGGAUCUGAUCGAGCUGGCGCUCAAAGAGGCCAAUAUCUCGUUUACAAGAUUGGAUGGUAGCAUGACUCGGCAAGCACGCACAGCGGCCAUGGACAGCUUCCGCGAAGACAACAGCAUCCAUGUCAUACUUGUCUCCAUCAUGGCUGGUGGCCUGGGUCUGAAUUUGACCGCUGCCAACAACGUGUACGUGAUGGAGCCGCAAUAUAACCCGGCAGCCGAGGCACAGGCAGUCGAUCGUGUACACCGCCUUGGCCAGAAACGACCUGUGCGCACCAUCCGAUACAUUAUGCGCAACAGCUUCGAAGAAAAGAUGCUUGAGCUGCAGGAGAAGAAGGUGAAGCUAGCCAGCCUCAGCAUGGAUGGCCAGAAUAAGGCGCUAGACAAAGCAGAGGCUGCGAGACAGAAGCUCAUGGAUCUUCGCAGUCUUUUUAAAUGA